GGGGUGAGAUAGGAAUCUGUUGUAAUAGCAUUUGGUGUGUGUAUUAAUGGAAUUGAACUGGCUUUUCUUGCUGUACUUCUUUGUCCUUGCUGAGUAGGGAGGCUGAAAUUUUCUAAAGCUAUUGAUGAAGCUGGAGACUAUAAGAGGAACUGUGGACUUUUGACCUUCUUGAUGGUAAUGUCAGAUGGUUAGGGGGAGUCUGGGGAACCCAAAGGAUGGGUGUGAGGACAGGCAAUCAUAUUACAUUCUUGCCUUAGAACAGUAAUAUACAAAUUAAAGCAGUAACUUCUACUCUGUUUUCUAUAAUGCUGUGCCAUUUGACAACAUUGUUUUUUCCAAAGCAACACGUGAUUGUUUUCUUCAGGAGGCUGUUCUCUUGUUUGUUUUUAGUUGAUGAUUUACUGUCCAUUUUUUUCUUAUUAUAUAUAGGGUUCUUUACUCACUUUUUUUUUCCUUAAGGGGGAAAAAAAACUCAAAUUCCCAUGCAUUUCAUUGAAGUAAAUAAUUAACUUAAUCAACUAAGGAUAUUUUGUUUUCUUGUUUUAACAAUUCUUAAACUGAGGUAACUUCGUGUUAGAUGUAAUUACUGAAAUGCAUCAGUGCCCUCCUACCCUGCAUCCUCCCCCUCCUUUGCCCUGUUCCCUCAGCAACAAAAACACUGAGGAUGAAUGCUUGAUUCAUAAUUGCCGCCGUUGCAAAGGAAAACCUCAGUGUUUGUUUAGCUAGUUAUUUACUAAUAAAAAUAUUAUGAAGUAUUUUCUUAAAAAGUAGAAAACCUUGUCCAUGUUUCAGAACUCAUCUCAAAAACAAAAUAGAAAAACCCACCUGGAUAGUUGUAUGGUCACUUCUCUGAAUCACUUCCAUUAAUACUUGCCCCCUUGCCCUGGAAUACUAACCAAAAUUGGAAUGGAAUGAGAUCAGGCAAGAAAUAUUCCAAAGACAUACUGAAGUUUUUGUUUUACUGGUUCAUGUAUAUAUACUUAUUCAUAUAUAUAUAUGUACAUAAUUUAUAAAACGACUUUAAAAGAAAGAUAUUCUGUGGUUGUAACUCAGCGAAUAAGUAUUAAUAAUUUUCUCUUAUUGAUGCUUUAUAUGAUGCACACUCACACAUACGUACCUUCUGGACUUGUCCAUUGGGGUUCAGUUUCUAUGUUCGUUGCCUUUUUAUCACCUCUCAUAGUCCAGGUGUUCUGAUGGAGUUGGCUUUUUAUUUGGAUAUCUCAAAUUAUUCCUCCUAAGACUAUUGCCUAGAAGAAAAGAUGUUUGGUUUUCACAAGCCAAAGAUGUACCGAAGUAUAGAGGGCUGCUGUAUUUGCAGAGCUAAGUCCUCCAGUUCUCGAUUCACUGACAGUAAACGCUAUGAAAAGGACUUCCAGAGCUGUUUUGGGUUGCAUGAGACCCGUUCAGGAGACAUCUGCAAUGCCUGUGUCCUGCUUGUGAAAAGAUGGAAGAAGCUGCCAGCAGGCUCAAAAAAAAAUUGGAAUCAUGUGGUAGAUGCAAGGGCAGGGCCCAGUCUAAAGACUACAUUGAAACCAAAGAAAGUGAAAACUCUAUCUGGAAACAGAAUAAAAAGCAACCAGAUCAGUAAACUACAGAAGGAAUUUAAACGUCAUAAUUCUGAUGCUCACAGUACCACCUCAAGUGCCUCCCCAGCUCAAUCUCCUUGUUACAGUAACCAGUCAGAUGAUGGCUCAGAUACAGAGAUGGCUUCUGGCUCUAACAGAACACCAGUCUUUUCCUUUUUAGAUCUUACAUACUGGAAAAGACAGAAAAUAUGCUGUGGGAUUAUCUACAAAGGCCGUUUUGGGGAAGUCCUCAUCGACACACAUCUGUUCAAGCCGUGCUGCAGCAAUAAGAAGGAGCCUGCUGAGAAGCCAGAGGAGCAGGGGCCAGAGCCUCUGCCCAUCUCCACUCAGGAGUGGUGACUGAGGUUUAUGUAGAAGGGGAACAAAAAAUGAUUUAAGUUUUAGGAAGAUGCAACAAAAUAACCCUCCUAUUUUUAACUCAGAUACUUGCUAUUCUGCCAAAAGACAAUAUGUAGAAUGGUUUUGAAUGGGUUAUUUUUCUCCCCAGUUCCACAAACUUUGAAGCCAGUGUCUAGUUCACUUAAAAAAAAAAAAGUGUACAUAAUAUUUAAGAUGCUGAGUAUUUCAUAGGAAAGCUGAAUGCUGCUGUAAAGUGCUCUUUAAGUCUUUUUUUUUUUUUUUUUUUAAUCCCCUUCUAAUGAGUGAAAAGGGGAAUUUCAGGGGACAGAGUUGGGAUUUUGUUGUAUAAUAAACUGUAGUUUUAGUCUUUCUAUAUUGAGAAGCAGUGGUUGGGGCAUUUUUAAAGAUGGCUGGCUAUAGUUCUUUUCCCUCGUGAUGAUAAAUUUCUCAUAACUCAGCAACAUGGAGUUGCCCCUAGAGGUAUUUAUGAAUAAUUUUGAAAUAUUAAGGUCUUGCCCAUGUUAUGAUGAUUCAAACCUAUACUACUGAAAAGUUAAGCAGGACAGACUAAACUUUUAGGUACAGAUACCUUGAAGGAGAAAAAUAAUGGCUAAAUAUAAGCCCAAAACCAAACCCGUUGCUGUCAAGUUGAUUCCGACUUACAGUGUCCCUGUAGGACAGAGUAGAACUGCUCCAUGGGGUUUCCAAGUCUCUAAAUCUUUACAGAAGCCGGUUGCAACAUCUUUCUCCCAUGGAGUGGCUGGUGAGUUUGAACCCCUGACCUUUUGAUUAGCAGCUGAGUGCUUUAACCACUGUGCUACCAAGGCUCCUCUGACUAAAUAUACAGAGAAGUAAUUUGACUGUAUAUGUUGCAUCCAGUUUCACCUCCCUCCAUAUUAAUAUUCGAGAAAGAUUUUAAUUUAUAUGAAACUUCUAAAGCAGAAUCAAAGCUUCUCUUGGAGAAAUGGCAAGUUUUUAGGAUAAGCAAUCCUAAAUUGGUACCAAAGCAUUACCACGUGAUAGAACACACUCUAUUAAAAGCGUUCAAUUUCCGGAAAUAAAACGUGCAAGUCUUCAAGGUAGUGUAAAACAAAGGCUAAUGCUUCGUGGGGCACCUUUCUUAGAGGACUUGCUGAGUGUGUAAAUAAUUGACUUUUAUUUGCGUUAGAAGACUGCUUGGUGACUUCAUUGAAAAUCUGCACAAUUCAGUUUUAGCUCUGGAUUACUUCAGUUGACCUUUGUGAAGGUUUUAUCUGUGUAGAGUAGGUGUUUGACUGUUUUAACCUAUUAGGUUUUUUUUUUUUUCACUCUAUAUUUAAAGUAAAAUUCUACUAAAAGAAAAGAGGUGCAUGUCAGCGCUGAGUGGGUUGGUUUUUGGUUUGGUAUCUUUAGCCCAGCUUUCUGAACAUUGAGAUUUUGGGUGAUAAAUAAAUCCUGAAUGUGGGUCUCUUCAAUUCUGAAAUCUUCAUUAAGGACCUCUCACUUGAACUCAAACCAAAGUACUUUCAUGGCCUCUUUUCAGCAAGUUCAGGAAAAAACUGUCACCAGUUAAGACUGUUCAUAAUGAGGGAGAAGCAUUUUGCCUACCUUAUAGUAACAAUACUCAGUGCUUAUUUUUAAAACUGGAUUUUAAAAAUUGGUUAGUAUAAAUAUCAUUAAGGAGUGAGCCACUUUUUAUGGGCAUCCUAUAGUUUUAUAGUUCAUAAUCUAAACUUAAGAUUCUAUAUUUCUUUUGGAAAAAACGUACAUGCUACAUGCCACCAUAUGCACAGACUACACAGUGAGUUGGGUCGGCUCUCCCACAGCCUUUCAGGUGCAUUACAAGAGUCCCAGCCUUAUCAUCUUCCUUCUGAGUUUUGUUUGAAAUGAUUUUUCUCUUUUUUUGUACAUUUUGACUUCAGUAUUGGUGGUAGAAUAUACUAUAAUAUGGAUCAUCUCUACUUCUGUAUUUAUUUAUUUAUUACUAGACCUCAACCACAGUCUUCUUUUCCCCCUUCCACCUCUCUUUGCCUGUAGGAUUACUGUAUGUAGUCAUGCACUUUGUAUUAAUAUAUUAGAAAUCUACAAAUCUGUUUUGUACUUUUUAUACUGUUGAAUACUUAUAAUCAAAACUUUUACUAGGGUAUUGAAUAAAUUUAGUCUUACUAGAAAAUAAAAGGCUUUUUGUCGCUUUGUUUGAAAAGUCGUCUUUGGUAAGAAUAAUGUUUUUCGCCCUCACAAAUAUUCAAUGUUGUUUUUAGCUGCUGUGGAAUUGGACCCUGACUCAUGGUGACCCCACGUACAAUGGAACUAAAUAUUGCUCGGACCUUUGUGAUCCAUAGGGUUUUCAUUGGCUGGUUUUUUUUUUUUUAGUAGAUCGCCAGGCCUUUCUUCCUAGUCUGUCUUAGUCUGGACGCUCUGUUAAAACCUGUUCAGCAUCAUGGCAACACACAAGCCUCCCAUGAGAGACUGACACAUGAGUGGUGGCGGCCGAUGAGGUGCGUUCGAUGGGGAUCAAACCCAGGUCUCCUGCAUGGAAGGCGAGUUCUACCACUGAACUACCAAUGACCUCAUUAUUCAGUAUAAGCCCUUAGUAUUAUAACAAGCCACGAGGGAAAAUAAUCCUCUUUACUAAGAAAUAAAGAUUUUAGAAUAAAAGACAUUUUAACCGCAGUGCUCAAUAAUUAACCUAGUGAAUACUAUGACUUAAAGCAUCCCCAGUAUUUUAAUGUCUGUGAUGUGGUUUCAUUGUGUAUGGACAUCAGAGGGAGCAUCACUGAAAAUUGAAAGUUGGUUACACAGAAAGGCAGAUUUUUUAGUUUUUGUAGGGAAAAGAGAGCACCAGUUUGGGAGCCGGAGAAAACUGGAUUAAAAUUCCAGUUAUGUGAUCUUGGAUAAUUCAUGGCACCUCACCUGUGAAAUACAGAUAAUAAUUUUUGGGUGUAUGUGCUUUAGAUGGUUUACAGAGCAAAUUAGUUUCUCAUUAAAAAUUAAACACGUAUUGUUUUGUGACAUUGAUUGCCAACCCUGCAACGUGCCAACACUCCCCUUCUCAUCCUUGGGUUCCCUAUUUCCAUUCAUCUAGCUUUCCUGUCCCCUCCUGGAGAAAGGCAGAUUUUGAUAUUAAGGUUCAGAUCUGGACUCUAGUAUCUGGCUCUGCGUCUUAUUAGCCAUUUGAGUUAUUUGGCCUUUGUAAGCCUCUUUUCCUAUUCUGUAAAUUGAUUGACUUAUUUUACAGAAUUAUGAAUGAUCCAAAGAGGUAUAAAAUCCAUAUCAUGAAGUUUUGAAAACAAAUUGCUUUAUUACUUUUUAUACUAUAAUUAGGUCUUUAAAUUUGCUUUGGAUAGUCCAACUGAUUUUGCCAGCAUCUAACUAAAAAAUCUAGUCUAGCUAUUAACAAGUUGUCAAGUUAACAUAGGAUAGGGGAAAAGUGACAGCACCUGAGUUAUCUAUUGCUGCAUAAUACAUUACCACACACACAUGGAUGACCUCCGUUUUUGUGGCUAUGGAGUCUGGGCACAGCUUAGUCGGGACCUCUGCUUAGGUUCUCAAGGCUUCAGUGAAGAUGUCAGUUGGACUGCAUUCACAUCUAGAGGCUUGAUUUGGUAAGAAUCUCCUUCCAAGCUUACCCAGCUUGUGGCUUAGUUUGUUUCCUUUUGGCUAUAGGACUGUGGAUCCCAGGCUUCUUCCUGGCUAUUGGAGGCUGCCCUUCGUUCCUUGCCACGUGGGCUUUCUCAACAUGGCCCUUUAUCGUCAACAGGUAGAGUCUCUAGAGCUAGUCUGCGAGCAAGACGGAGCCUUCUCAGAGCACAUUCCAGUGAAGGGGAUUACACAAAGGCAUGAAGACCAAGAGGUGGGGAGUGAGGAACAUGGGGACCACCUAAGUGCCUGCUAUAGCAUCACAAUUUUUUUUUACUUGAAUCCCUUAAAAUAUUGGGCCUCUUUUCCCUACAAUAUAAGUGCUUUGUAUAGCAAGUAAAGAAAAAAAAAUUCCACCCUCAACCUCCCCGCCAUUUUGAAAUAUCUACUAUUUGUUAGGUACUUGUAAACAUCUAAGCAACCCUACAAAAUGAAAAAAAAAAAACCUCACACCAGUUUUACAGGUAAGUGGAUGUGCAAAAUAUUAAACACCUUGAAGAAAAAUUUGCUUUUCUGAUUUCAAAGUCUUUGCUCUCCAAACUGGGCCCUGUCCCUGCUCUAGUAGUGGCACAUCU